AUGGUGCAAGUACUGCAUCCCUUUAACAUUGAUGCCCUUCUAGCCACCCCGAACCCACUAUUGGCAGCUGGUUACUCGUUAGAAGCUCUUCAACUUCAGCUCUCUCCACAGAAUCGUGAGCGCCCCAAACCACGCAACCCCCGGAGGCGAACACCAAGAAAAGAUCGGUUAGAGCAUCUUGCCGAAAUAGCCGAGCAGCAAGAAAAACUGGAAGAUCCGGAGGAACUCGAACGGUCCAGAAAAAUCAACGAGAGCCGAAUACCGGAGAGACAAUGGGUUCCAUACUACGGACCAUCCUGUAAUUGGUCGCGGCUGGGAAAGAAGGAAAGAGCCAGGAGGAUCCAGAAGUUCAUAGAGAAAUUGCCCAUGGAGCGUCGUCAUGAGGCUGAUGUUCAGUGGCCAGUAAUACCAACAACACCUGAAGUCAUCACAUUGGAUCCGGAUUCCGAUGAAUCUGAUAGAAGCUCAGUUAUCAUUUUGAACUGA